AUGUUCCCCUCAGGCCUCCGCACCGAGUCCCAGGCUUUAUCUCCCCUUCAGCCGGAGCUGAGCCAAGGCCAGGCAGGUGGACCGCCCAGAGAACAGUGUCAGGACCGGGCCAACUCCCCCACGGCGCCCAAAGCUGCUGCCCUCCAUGCAGACCUCCCCCGAAAUGUUUCCACAGAUCGUCCUGCCAGCCAUAUCUGUGCAAGGCCAAUGACAGUGCAGACAGGGAUCAGGGCUACAAGUGGACUGUGGUUACUCGGUCCGGGCCGCGGUCGGGACAGGAAUGAGAGGUGGGGCUCUGGGGGCGGAGAGAUGUGUGUGUGGGGGGGGGGAUCCCUCAGCUGUGACGAAUCCAGGCACCUCCGGAGUUCAAAAGGUCCGCCCUCGUAA